GGCAGCCGGACCACGCCGCUUCCGCUCCUCCGGCUCCGGAGAUGGCGCCUUCUUGGGGGUGAAGCGCCCCACCAGCUGGGGCGACACUGGCGGCGGCCCCCCGCGGUGCGCUGGGAACAGAGCCGCUCCCACUGGGGCCCUCUUGCUGCUGAUUGUGACCCAAGUUCCAGGAUGGUUUGCUCUCGGGACCAGACUUGACCAGAGGUUGCCCUCAUGAGCACAUCAGCCUCUCCAGCUGCCAUGCUCCUCCGGAGGCUGAGGCGACUCUCCUGGGGCAGCACCGCUGUCCAGCUCUUUAUCCUAACAGUGGUGACAUUUGGCCUGCUGGCCCCUCUGGCCUGUCAACGGCUUCUGCACUCUUACUUUUAUUUGCGCCACUGGCACCUGAACCAAAUGAGCCAGGAGUUCCUGCAGCAAAGCCUGAAGGAGGGCGAGGCUGCGCUGCACUACUUUGAGGAGCUGCCUUCCGCCAAUGGCUCCGUGCCCAUCGUGUGGCAGGCCACGCCGCGGCCCUGGCUGGUGAUUACCAUCAUCACCGUGGACCGGCAGCCUGGCUUCCACUACGUCCUGCAGGUGGUGUCGCACUUCCACCGGCUGCUGCAGCAGUGCGGCCCCCAGUGCGCCGGCUACCAGCUCUUCUUGUGCAACGUGGAGCGCAGCGUGAGCCACCUGGACGCCAAGCUGCUGUCCAAGUACGUCCCGGUGGCCAACCGCUACGAGGGCACCGAGGACGAUUACGGCGACGACCCUUCCACCAACUCCUUUGAGAAGGAGAAGCAGGACUACGCCUAUUGCCUGGAGUCCUCCCUGCAGACCUACAACCCGGACUACGUCCUGAUGGUGGAGGACGACGCCGUGCCGGAGGAGCAGAUCUUCCCCGUCCUGGAGCACCUGCUGCGGGCUCGCUUCGCCGAGCCCCACCUCCGGGACGCCCUCUAUCUCAAGCUCUAUCACCCCGAGAGGCUCCAGCAUUACAUCAACCCCGAGCCCAUGCGCAUCCUGGAGUGGGUCGGCGUGGGCAUGGUGCUGGGGCCCUUCCUGACCUGGAUGUACAUGCGGUUCGCCAGCCGACCGGCCUUCAGCUGGCCUGUGAUGCUCUUCUUCUCCCUGUACAGCAUGGGUCUGGUGGAACUUGUGGGGCGGCACUACUUCCUCGAGCUGCGCCGGCUGAGCCCUUCCUUGUACAACGUGGUCCCUGCCUCGGAGUGCUGCACCCCCGCCAUGCUCUUCCCUGCCCCGGCAGCCCGCCGGACCCUCACCUACCUGUCACAAGUGUACUGCCACCAGGGCUUUGGCAAGGACACGGCACUGUACUCGCUGUUGAGGGCCAAGGGGGAGCGGGCCUACGUGGUAGAGCCCAACCUGGUGAAGCACAUCGGGCUCUUCUCCAGCCUCCGGUACAACUUCCACCCGCGCCUGCUCUAGCGGCUGGAGCAAGGCCUUUCUAAAACGGGCCACGGCCUGGAGAUUCGAAUCGUGGGUUCUUUCCUUUGGCACAGUUGCUUGCACAUAGGUGAUUGUUUAAUGUUGCUCGGGAUAUAGGGGCCAGGACAGUCGGACAGUAUAUAAGCCAAGGACCUCAGCUGCCCCAGUCCCAGACCUCUGUCCCUCCACACAGCCACACUGCCUCACGCAGUCUGACCCACCCAAAGAGGAUGCAUUGAAAUGCCCCUUAUCUUCUCCCAUCGUCUUGAGUUCUCCUUUAUGAAAGAGCUUACAACUGCCAAAAAUCGUGUGCACGGUGAUGUCGUGAGGACCUUAGGAUUUGAAGGAUAGAGUUAGGUGAAAGGCAAGACCCUUUGGAAUUGGUUUCUUUCUCACUGGGCCUGAGAACAGAUACAUGUUUAGAAUCUAUGUCCCAAAAGGCGGUGAUAGGUUCCCUGUAUAUCUUUGGACUGCAGACUUAGCCGUGCUUCAAGGUAUUCAGUGCCCGGCAUCUUGGGGGCAGCUGAGCUGCCUGCCUUCUUUAAGCUGGCAUCAGUCACACACACGCAGACACACUUACAGUGUCCUGAUACCUAAGACUGUCAGUGAGCGCUUGAAGGCACAGAGUGAGCUGGAUGUGCCUUCUGAGUCAUGAAAGUCAGCUAGUGGUGAUGGUUCUGAGUGAUCUAAUAUUGAGUCGCUGUCAUAGUCCAAUGCUUUGAAACGGAACACUUCAAAAUGACCUGGGAUAGAUGAGCCUUUACUCAAAGCAUAUCCUUUCCCCUGACUAACGGGUCACCAUGAGGCUGGUCUGUGAAGUCAGAAGUCAUGAGCUGCCAUGUUCUAGGGGUGUCAUGUAACCUCUAGAACAAGUCACACAGUCACCCUGCGCCUCAGUCUCUUUACCUAUAAAACGGGGGCAGUAACGCCUACCUUUUCGAGUUGCCUUGAGGCUUAAAUAACAGAAGGUAUCUAAACCACGUAGCAAGCACUUGGCCCAAAGGGGAAGUUUGUUUGUUGUUUGUUUUUUCCCUCCAGUUUAAACAUAUUUAAACUUGAGUGUAUUUUGGAUAAAGGUAUGAGCAAUGCUGUUUAAAGUAUGAGAUCAAGCUCAGGGCUGACAUCUAUGUAGCCUCUGUUCCAGGCCAAACACUGCCUAGAAUAAAGGCUGGCUUUUCAUCGUGACUUCCUAAGGAUGUGUAGCUCAGCUUGGAUCUGGUCCCACCUUGAAACUAAGCCUCAAGGCAGAAAGACUCAAAGAGAAAAUGGUCCAAGAUUGCUCUUGAGCUCAUUCCAAGAUGCGCACCUGGGAAUGCCUUUAGAAACAAACGUCCUUUGGCAAUCGGUGUCAAACAAGUGGUCCACGGGUCCCUGAAGAAGAUGGAUGACGGUACUGGGGGGCUCACGCAGGUGCCCGGUUCAUUUCCAUGCCCCAUGUGCCAGUUGCUGGAAAAUCUUUCACUGCCAGGUUCCCACUUGGGAUCAGCUCAAGAACACUGAGGGGGUUAACGAGGAGGUUUAGCACCCAUCGUUUGUUUUUUCUGGUGAAGAAAUUGCGGCCCAGAGAGGUUAAAUGACUUCUCUAGUUUCAAACACCUCGGAGGCAGCAGCUCCAGGACUGGAAUGAAGCUCUUCUGACUCCCAGUCCCUGCUCUCGUUUCCUAACUGUUAGUUUUAGAAAUAUCUCUGUAAGCCCAGUCUCCACUGUCAAAUCUGAUCGUAGCCUGGGCUAGACAUGUCUGGAAGUGAAGAUGGUGGCGGCCCAUUGCCAUGUUGGUCUUGGGGGACAAACAGAAGUAUGUGUUGUGUCGUGACCGUGAACUGCUUUCUCUCUCUCCCCCGACGCCCCACCGAUCAGAGCUCCUGGGGGCUUCUCUGACCCCUCCCUCCCUCCUGUGUUCCUCUUCUCCCAGGAGCCAGUCCACCCCCCUGUUUUAGAACUGAGAUUAGAGUGUGUUACCUUGGUGAUUGACUAGGUCCCCUCAUGCAAGCAUUUGGGCCAGUGACGGAGAGCUGUGUCUCAGCGAGCCGGGCCCAGGACGGGAAUGCUUGCUGGUUUGGAUUUCUCUUCUUUCCAGUCCAGGUGCUUCCUGCAUGCAGACACCCCGUUCCCUGCCUCCCUCGCCCUGAGUGGCUAAGGCUGCCUUUUCCUUGUCCUAUUUCUCGACUAGGCACUAGGACGUCUUCCCCCACUUACCAUGAGUAGCUCUGCUGUCUUCUGACAUUAUUUCCAGAUACAAGCUCAGUUCUGUCCAUUUACCCCUGCUCGCCCCUAGGUCUUCCUCUUUUUAUUUAUUUUUUGGUCUUUUCCCCCCACCCCUUAAUCCUAGAGUCUAUUUUUGUGUGCUGCCCUGGUUUAGGGCAGCUGACAGCUUUACACCAAACUGAAGCCUUCAUUUGAACCAUAAGCAAGGGACCCAGAGGAGAACGACCAUCCCUUUCCCAUCUCGAUGCAGAGCAGAGGCUCUGGGUCCAGGUCACGUCUCUGAGUUUAAAUUGUACCAUGGCUGACUGUAUUUGUAUAAAUAGCAGAUAAAAUAAAAGCACCUGUUCCUGUAA